CGCACAGGCCCCUCCGAGGAAGAUCCGGCGCUGGGCUCACUGAAGCGCAAGCCCCUGGCGCCCUGAAACAGCAAGCCAGCCAGCCAAAACCCCCACCACAAACUCGAGCGUCAUCUUGGGCCGCUGAUAAACCAUCAUUCAGCCAAAACCCAUCCCUUGACUUUUGGCAUCGUGUCGGGCUGACACAACCUAGCCGUUGCGCCGUUGCCAGACUGCAGUCGCCAAGAUGACGACAAGUGUUCCUCGACCUGGCCCCGCCAAUCUGGGCCCCAAUGCUGGGCUGGACGAGUGGCUGGAGGAGGCCAAGCAGUGCCACUAUCUGCCCGAGAGGGCCAUGAAGGAGCUGUGUGAAAAGGUCAAGGAGAUCUUGAUGGAGGAGUCCAAUAUCCAGCCCGUCUGCACGCCCGUCACCGUCUGCGGCGACAUCCACGGCCAGUUCUACGACCUGCUCGAGCUCUUCCGCGUCGCCGGUGGCAUGCCGGGAGAGACAAACGUCCAGGCGCCCAAGUCAGCAACCGCAGUCAUCACCUCGGAGGACAUCGAGCCCCCGACCGAAAUCACAAACCCGAAGCUGAGGAAGAAGCUAAAGUCUCCCGGAGGCGGGGCCGAUUCGGGCGAUGCUGAAGGUGACGAGGACGCAGAGGAAGAGCAGCAGGGAGCCGUCGAGGUGCCCGCGGUGAAUACAGUCACCUCUUCGCAGAGCGCGGAGACUCGCUUUGUCUUUCUUGGAGACUACGUCGAUAGAGGAUACUUUAGCUUGGAGGCGUUUACAUUGCUCAUGUGCUUGAAGGCAAAAUACCCAGACCGCAUUGUUCUCGUCCGAGGAAACCACGAAUCUCGUCAAAUCACACAAGUCUACGGCUUCUACGAAGAAUGCCAGCAGAAAUAUGGCAACGCAUCCGUAUGGAAGGCGUGUUGUCACGUCUUUGACUUCCUUGUUCUCGCUGCUAUAGUUGACGGAGAGUUGCUUUGCGUCCACGGUGGUUUGAGUCCCGAGAUUCGGACUAUUGAUCAGAUUCGGGUCGUUGCCCGUGCCCAGGAAAUUCCUCAUGAGGGAGCCUUUUGCGACCUUGUAUGGUCAGAUCCCGACGACAUAGAUACAUGGGCCGUGAGCCCACGAGGAGCCGGGUGGCUAUUUGGAGACAAGGUGGCCACCGAGUUUAACCACGUAAACGGCCUAAAAUUGAUUGCGCGAGCACAUCAACUUGUGAAUGAGGGCUACAAAUAUCAUUUUGACGAAAGUUCAGUCGUAACAGUCUGGUCGGCUCCCAACUACUGCUACCGAUGUGGCAACGUCGCGUCAAUAAUGACAGUGGACAACGACCUGGCUCCCAAGUUUAGCAUAUUUUCCGCGGUUCCCGAUGAUCAGCGGCAUGUACCUGCAAGCCGUAGAUCGCCGGGCGACUACUUCUUGUGAUUAGAAUGGUGAAGAACGGUGAAGAUGAUGGGGAAGGGGCCAUUUUAGAUUGGCCGGGCUGGGUUGGGUUUUUGCAUGUAAACUAGCAUUACGGGUUGAGAUAUCUAUGACUUUGAAAAAUCGACAAUGCAUUAGGAUUAUAGGUAGGAUUGGGGGAAUCUGGGUAGCGGACACGAAUAGCGGUGAUAAUUAUCAUUUAGAAGAAAAAAUUGAUAAACGACGCCUUCUUUUAUCG